CGGCUGCAUUGUGGGAGUUUGACCUCCGCCGCCGCCAACCGCCGCCUCAGCUUGCGCCGCCGCCGCCGCCGCGCACGCCAUGGGAGCCGUGACUGACGGAUAACUAGAUGUAGUUGGAUUGGUAUGCCAGGUGGAGAACUACUUGUGCAAAGGCCACAAAGCAUUGGAAGAACUCAAAGAUGAUUUAUUAAAGAACGCUGAUGAGAAUUCUUAAUACAGAAGAAGUGAAGAAAAAUACCUCAAAAUGACCAAUAAGCUAUCUAUCCAGAUAACGACUGUUGAUACUGUGAGGAAGACAAAUAAUACACGUUAGGAAAUUCAAGAAGAAAUGCACCAAGCGACAAGUGAAAACCUUCCCCUCUUCACCUUCCACUGCUAAUCCCACUCCCCAGAGUUUGGAUCCAGAGUGUUUAGGAACACCAAGAAAAAGCCAGUGGUGUGUUUGUGUGCCUGCAGAAUUUCUUGCUAAACUGCCUUCAGAAAGGAAAUGCUGAUCCUCACUGUUAGAUCACAGAAUUGCUAUUUCCUGAAAGCAGGCAUCAUGCUCCUCUGUACACUUUUAUUUCCAUAAAGUUUCACAGCAGUCCUAUGAAGUGGAUAGUUUUAUUCCCAUUUUUACAGACGAAGUCAUACGAAAGCGUCUCCUAAUUGAUGGAGAUGGCGCUGGAGAUGAUCGGAGAAUUAAUCUGCUAGUGAAAAGUUUCAUUAAAUGGUGCAACUCUGGAUCCCAGGAAGAGGGAUACAGCCAGUACCAACGUAUGCUGAGCACACUGUCCCAAUGUGAAUUUUCAAUGGGCAAAACUUUGCUGGUAUAUGAUAUGAAUCUCAGAGAAAUGGAAAAUUAUGAAAAAAUUUACAAAGAAAUAGAAGGCAGCAUUGCUGGAGCACAUGAAAAAAUUGCUGAGUGCAAAAAGCAAAUUCUUCAAGCAAAACGAAUACGAAAAAAUCGCCAAGAAUAUGAUGCAUUGGCAAAAGUGAUCCAGCGUCAUCCAGACAGGCAUGAGACAUUAAAGGAACUAGAGGCUCUGGGAAAAGAAUUAGAGCAUCUUUCACAUAUUAAAGAAAGUGUUGAAGAUAAGCUAGAAUUGAGAAGGAAACAGUUUCACGUUCUUCUUAGUACCAUCCAUGAACUUCAGCAAACACUGGAAAAUGAUGAAAAGCUCUCAGAAGUAGAAGAAGCUCAAGAAACAAGCAUGGAAACCGAUCCUAAACCAUAGACCAACUAAUCACUCACCAUUCCCAAGAAUAUUGAAGUAGCAACAUGAUCUUAGUGUGUUCAGAAUUUGUUGUGCUCUUGAGACAUUUAAAGUUUUGGCAGUGAACUACGUUGCUUUUAAAUUUUAAUGCACAGUUCAUUCAUAUUUCUUUACACAAAGGGAGAUGACUUCAUUAUAUAUUUGUUUUUAUUGAAAUGCCUUUUUUAUACUUAAAAGAUAGGAAGCAACAUCCAAAAAUGUUUAAUGAAAUGUUUUCAAGCCAGA